AUGCACCUGCCCCAUGUUACAGCACUACUCUUCUCAGUGAAAGAAGUUUUCGGAUACCCUAAAGAUAAACUAGGAGGAGGAGAAUGUGGAGAUCCAGAAACAUCCAUGGAAUAUGAACGAAGGAAAAGACCGACCUCGACCUGUCUCUGUGAGCGACGUGUGACCGGAGCUGCUGAGGAUCUCACAGCAUCCAGGCACGAUCUGACCAUCCGAUUGGCUGCCGGCAGGAAGGUCAAAGGGUCAGCUGGUGUGACCUCACCACUACAGAUCCCCAGUGAACGUGUUAGAGGUUCAGUGGUGUGCAGAGUGAACGGACAUCUGUGGGAUCCUCUGCUGGAGGCCAGACAGCUGGAGGAGGAGAUCACAGCGUGUUUGGGCUUCGUGAGGAGUGUGUAUCGUGUCUGCAGUUUCUCCUUUCUUUCUCCUCUCCAUGCACCCUGUGCCCUGUCUGGGAGAGUCUGCCCUCUGAGACGCUGCAGAGCAGGUACACCUAGCCAAAGCUGCACACGGACACAUUCCAGGUGUAACGUGUGUCUCUCUGGUGUUGGUCCCGGAGCAGCUGUUGGAGAGCAGUUUGAGGAGCGCGGGGAGCCGAAUCCCAGAGACGGGCGUUUUAUGAACCAAAGGUGAGGCUGGCAGAAAUAAAAUAUGUUUUCUGGCCAGACACCGCAUGAAAACUUCAUUUGUCCAGGUCUGUUCAAAAUAAACAAUGAAAUAAUUGUAAUGUAUUUCUGUGAUGCUCCGCUGUAUUUUCAGCAUCAUUCCUCCAGUCUUCAGUGUCACAUGAUCUUCAGA